CUCACAUCUGUACGAGGAGUAGCCUGAGCAGCAACUUUUCCUGUCUACCCAAAUAAGCAAGCAAGAAAGCAUCCCGGCGACAUUGUCGAGCUGGGUGACCAACUUCACCAGUGAAUGUGAGAGCACACUUCCAUCCUCCCCUUGUUUACAGCUGGCCUCGCUGCUACUGUCAGACCGGGUUGGAAGACAAUCAACUCCAACUGCUGCUGCUGCUGGUAUGUUUUGUGUGGUGUGGACUUUCUCACAUUGUGGCGGACCCACACACACGCACACUCUGGGGCUUGCAUGCCUGAUACUCCCCCCACCUCCUACUUCUCAUUCCCUCUCUGGCACAUACACACACACGCUCAGAAGGAGAGGCGGUGUGUGUGAGUGACGAAUCUCGUCGCGUGGAGAGCGCUGAAGAGAGGAGCAUUGAGGAGAAGAGACGAGACGAACGGCAGACUCUUACCAUGCCAGGGAAGGAGGAACGGCUCAAGUGCUGCCCCUCUCCCUGUCUCUGGAGCCGGAGUGCUCUGCUUUUGCUUGGACUGUUGUAUCUGCAUGCACAAGCACACGGCAACAUAUUGGACAGUAUGUUGUUCAGAGCGUCCAACAGAGAGGCAGUGGAGAGUGGGAAGGAGACUUUUGGCAGCACAGCUCCUGCGUCCUCCUCCCAAAGAUUCCUGUGGUGUCACUGUUAUCACCACUGCCCAGAAGACUCAACCAACAACACGUGCAGGACGGAUGGCUACUGUUUUACCAUGGUGGAGGAGGAGGGAGGGGUUCCCGUACAAACUGCAGGUUGUCUGGGACUCGUUGGGUCGGAGUUCCAGUGUAAGGACAUGAGGGCCUCGCGUCAGAGGAAAUCACUAGAGUGCUGUACAGAUGAAGAUUACUGCAACAGAAACCUCCAUCCCACACUCCCACCUCUCAAACCUCCUCUCUAUGUCGAUGGGAAGAUUCACCACAUGGCAUUGUUGAUUUCAGUCACUGUGUGCAGCAUCGUGUUGGCUGUCAUUAUUGCGUUCUGCUACUUCAGGUACAAGCGACAAGAGUCUCGUCCUCGGUACAGCAUUGGUCUGGAGCAGGACGACACUUACAUUCCUCCUGGAGAAUCCCUGAAGGAUCUGAUAGAGCAGUCACAGAGCUCUGGCUCAGGCUCAGGGCUCCCUCUGUUGGUCCAGCGAACAAUCGCCAAGCAAAUUCAGAUGGUGAAGCAGAUCGGCAAAGGGCGGUAUGGAGAGGUGUGGAUGGGCAGGUGGAGGGGAGAAAAGGUGGCUGUGAAGGUUUUCUUCACCACUGAGGAAGCCAGUUGGUUCAGAGAGACUGAAAUCUACCAGACUGUCUUGAUGAGACAUGAGAACAUCCUGGGUUUCAUUGCUGCAGAUAUCAAAGGAACUGGCUCUUGGACGCAGCUCUACUUAAUCACUGACUACCAUGAAAAUGGAUCCUUGUAUGACUACCUCAAAUCCACCACUCUGGACAACAAAGCUAUGCUGCGCCUGGCCUACUCCUCCGUGUCGGGGCUCUGUCACCUCCACACGGAGAUCUUCGGCACCCAGGGGAAACCUGCCAUCGCUCACAGGGAUCUGAAGAGCAAGAACAUUCUGGUGAAAAGAAAUGGCACCUGCUGUAUCGCUGAUCUCGGACUGGCCGUGAAGUUUAUCAGUGACACCAAUGAGGUAGACAUCCCCCCCAACACACGAGUCGGUACAAAGCGCUACAUGCCUCCAGAAGUUCUGGAUGAGUCUCUGAACAGAAGUCAUUUUCAGUCCUACAUCAUGGCCGACAUGUACAGCUUUGGGCUUAUCCUCUGGGAGAUUGCUCGACGAUGUGUCUCAGGAGGAAUCCUAGAAGAGUAUCAGCUACCGUACCACGAGUUGGUUCCUACAGACCCAUCGUAUGAAGACAUGCGAGAGGUGGUCUGCAUCAAGAAGCUGCGACCAUCCUUUCCCAAUCGAUGGACCAGCGAUGAGUGUUUGAGACAGAUGGGGAAGCUGAUGACAGAAUGCUGGGCGCACAACCCAGCCUGCCGCCUCACAGCUCUACGGGUCAAAAAGACACUUGCCAAAAUGUCAGAAUCACAGGACAUCAAGCUGUGAGCCGGCACUGCCAGCUGUGCAUAGAAAGGGCACUGACGAUCACCCCGACUCUGGUCCGGGGCCUCGCUAGCCUUCAUUUCUGGGAAGACGGAGGAGAAGCAACUUGGAAGAUCACACAGUCACCGACUCAGAAUCCAAAUGCCCAGAACUCUGCAACUCAAGUCUUGCUGAAAAUAAUCAAUGUCUGUAUGCCUUGCUCUGUUUGGUCCAUCAAAGAAGAUGAGACAACAUCAUUUCAGUUUAGUGUGAAGACACUGAUUUAGCUUGAGGCUGUAGCUGCAGAGGUACUUAAACAGGCUACUGACCAGUAAGUGGAAUACUGUAUCUGUGCUUUCUGUGAAAGCUAACCCUACAUGUGGAUGAAGGUCUGACUGUAAGAACUGAAGGGACGUGCUUCAAGGCAGUCUUGUACUGCAGUGAACACCUCUUUCCUAAACACUUAUCACCCCACUACUGGCUUUAUAUAAUUAUUGUUUGAACACCUUUUUGUCACUCUUAAGUGGAAUGCUUUUGGUUAUAAGUACUGACACUAUGUGGCAGAAAUAUUGUGAGGCUUUACGGCAAUUUUUCUGUUUUGUUUAUUGUGAUACAAUUUGUAGACACUGAAGAGAAGUUACAUUUGUACGUGAGUUGUGAUAGGCUAAUUAUAAUGCAGAAGUGUAUUUUCCAUGUAAAACUCAAAAUCUGUACGCCAGUAUGUGGAAAAAUAAAGUUUAUAUGUUCCAACAAGGUCUCGUUUGAGGCUCU